UGUGCGCUUUCUGUGUGUGCGACAGAACAGAAGGUAAGGUAGUGGUGAGAGCCUGUGGUCAAGAGCAGAAUCUUCUCCUUCGUUCACUAACUGUGGGCUUGCUCUGUGCAGAGGAACUAAAGGCAAGGACAUCAACACCAUCAAGUCCCUCAGGGUGCUGCGAGUCCUGAGGCCCCUGAAGACCAUUAAACGACUGCCCAAGCUCAAGGCUGUGUUUGACUGCGUGGUCAACUCUCUGAAGAACGUGCUCAACAUCCUCAUUGUCUACAUGCUCUUCAUGUUCAUCUUCGCUGUGAUCGCUGUGCAGCUGUUCAAGGGCAAGUUCUUCUACUGCACCGACGAGUCUAAAAGUCUGGAGAAGGACUGCAGGGGUAAGUUUCUGGACUAUGACCGUGAUGACGUGGCUGCCCAGGAUCGUGAGUGGAGAAAGUACGAGUUCCAUUAUGAUAAUGUGCUCUGGGCCUUCCUCACCCUCUUCACCGUCUCCACCGGGGAGGGCUGGCCAAUGGUCCUAAAGCAUUCUGUAGAUGCCACCUAUGAGGACCAGGGUCCCAACCCAGGCUUCCGUAUGGAGACCUCUAUCUUCUAUGUGGUCUACUUUGUGGUCUUUCCCUUCUUCUUCGUCAACAUCUUUGUGGCUCUCAUCAUCAUCACCUUCCAGGAGCAGGGAGACAAGGCCAUGUCAGAGUGUAGUCUGGAGAAGAACGAGAGAGCUUGUAUCGACUUUGCCAUCAACGCCAAGCCUCUGACGCGCUACAUGCCAGCAGACAAGCAGUCGUUUCAGUAUAAGAUGUGGAAGUUUGUGGUGUCGCCGCCCUUUGAGUACUCCAUCAUGACCAUGAUCGCACUCAACACUGUGGUGCUGAUGAUGAAGUUUCACGGUGCUCCGGAGCUGUACGAGGCCAUGCUGAAGUACCUGAACAUCGUGUUCACAGCUCUCUUCACACUGGAGUGCAUCCUGAAGAUCAUCGCUUUUGGACCACUGAAUUACCUGAAGGCAGCCUGGAACGUGUUUGACUUUGUGACAGUUUUGGGGAGUAUCACGGACAUCUUGGUCACAGAGAUUAAGGACAAGCUGAUCAACCUGAGUUUCCUGAGGCUUUUCAGGGCGGCCAGGCUCAUCAAGCUAUUGAGGCAGGGCUAUACCAUCCGCAUCCUGCUGUGGACCUUUGUCCAGUCCUUCAAGGUAUAG